UUAUUUGACCCUAGAGGGACCCAACUCCAUCUAAGCCGCCCAAUAUAAACAAAUUUGUUGCAUCAUUUCAAUAUCACCUUCUUCCCCUAAUUUCAAUACCAAAAAAUUCAAAGCUAACGAAAUCAAACUCAUCUUGACAAUGGAAGCAGAAGCUUCAUCGUUCGAGACCAGUGAGAUGCUAGCAAGGUUUUUGGGGUCAACCCCUAUGUUGACCGAGUCAUGGAACCUCUGUGCACGAUCAAACGUCAUGGCCCCUCAAGGGUUCUUGAUCGAUGAAGUGGGUGGUGUUACGUAUGUAGCCUUUUCAGGGGUCCAAUCGUUGGAUGGAUUGGAACCCCGUUGCGGGAAUCUGGUCCCGCUGUCGGUCGCCUCCGCCGGAGUCUCUCCGGUCUACGGUGGUGCCGACGGUGGGAUGUUUUCCGCGUUGCAGAAACAGAGUGAUGAAAAUUCAGUGAUGGUUGAUGCUGGUUUGCUUCAACUGUUUUUGAAUAUUUAUCACACACCUGUGUUUCAAAAUCAGAUGUUUGAAAUUAAGAAGAAACAGAAACCGGUAGUGUUUACUGGACACUCAAUCGGGGGCGCGAUCGCCGCGUUGUCAUCGCUAUGGUUGUUAUCGUAUUAUCAAUCGAUUUCGUCUCCGCCUUCGGUAAUUUGCUUCACCUACGGGUCACCGUUGAUCGGGAACGAGCGGCUUUCGAGAGCUAUCCACCAGCAACGAUGGGGCGGGAACUUUUGCCACUUAGUGUCGAAAUUCGACAUCAUGCCGCGGUUGUUGUUUGCGCCAUUGGCUCCGAUUACCAACCACCUUAACACGCUGUUGAAGUCUUGGCAGUUGACGAUGAAUUCGCCUUUCUUGAUUCGUGAUCUUGGGAAUCAGCUUGUGGAGCUUGAGAAAUCGGACUUGUUUCGUUUUGUGCUUCAUUAUGUUGAGGCGACUGCACGGUCGCUGGAGGUGGGUGCGAAUUCGUUUGUGCCGUUUGGGAAUUUUAUGUUUUGUUCGAGUGAUGGGGCGGUUUGUGUUGAUGAAACUGUUGCGAUAGUUAGAAUGCUUCAUUUGACGUUUGCGUCUAGCUCUCCGAGUUCUAGCAUUGAUGAUCACCUCGAGUAUGGAACUUAUGUUGAAAAGAUUAGCUUGCAGUUUUUGAACCGCAGCGGAGACGAGUUAUGUGAGUCUAACACCUACGAAGCCGGAGUUACACUGGCAUCACAGUCGGUGUCAACGGGUCAAGAACACAUGGUUAAACCCAUUAAAGAUUGCCUAAGGGUCGCUAGGCGAAUAGGGCCUACACCGAACCUCAAUAGUGCGAAACUAGCUAUUGGUUUAUCGAAGAUAGCGCCACUACGAGCACAGAUCGAGUGGUACAAAGCUCUGUGCGACGAAUCUGACGACCAACUCGGUUACUACGAUUCAUUCAAACUAAGAGGCGCAUCCAAACGAGACUUUAAAGUUUUGAUGAACCGAGUGAAACUUGGUGAGUUUUGGAACAACGUCAUCGACAUGUUGGAAAAGAAUCAACUCCCUCACGACUUCCAUAAACGAGCCAAAUGGGUAUACGCGUCACAAUCCUAUAAGCUCCUCGUUGAGCCACUAGACAUUGCCGAAUAUUAUCGCAGUGGUGAGUACCGUAAAAAGGGACAUUAUUUGAAACACGGACGAGCACGAAGGUAUGAAAUCUUUGAUAAAUGGUGGAGGGAACGAGACAUAUACGGGGAAAACGGUAACUCUAGCAAUAAUAGGAGUAAGUUCGCGAGUCUAACACAAGACUCGCGUUUUUGGGCCAAAGUAGAGGAGGCUAGAAAUUGGGUGGAGAGUGUAAAGUGUGAGAGGGACCCCCAGGAGCUCACGGUUUUGUGGGCGAAUAUCGAGAAGUUUGAGCAAUACGCGAGGGGUAUGGUCGAGCGAAAAGAGGUUUCUAUCGACGUUUUGGCCAAAAACUCGAGCUACAUGCGGUUGUUGGAAGAUCUAAGGAUCCUAAGAUUGCAAUUGCCGUAUUUUUCUCCUCAAAUUUAUGGUGUUUUGGAUAGGAAGGUUUUACCAUAGAUGUACACAAUGUUUAUGAAAAUGGACCUUAGGCCCAUAAACUCUUUAGUGUAAAAUAUGAUAUGGUCAUUGUAUUAUAAGCAUUAUUUAUCCGAUUAUUUACCUCAUGGGUCGAUCAUAUU